UUCAAAGGUAAAAUGUACUGGGUAUGCCUGCUGGUUUUCGUAGCAAUCCUAAAAUGUACAUCCGCUGGCCAAACCAUCCGUGGCAGCGCUGUACUGGAACACGACUGGGCCGAGGCCUUUAAGCUAAUAAUAAACGUCCCAAUGCAAUACUCAGUUCCUGACGGCUGGAGAAUGGCCGUAAUAUUUACGCAGCCAAUCAGAAAGGUCGACGUUUGGCGCGCCAUAGAAUUAAAAGAGAAAACGUCCUCCGACAAGAAGACCCACGCCUUGAAAAACAUGUAUUUUAAUACACGUUUGGCGAAGGGGGAAAUUUUGACCAUGGCUGUGGUGGCUUACAAAGUCAAGCUUAACUCAAAACCCGGCAAUGUCACAGUUCUGUUCAAAGGAGGAAAUGUCAUUCCAGCACUCCCUACUCUACCCCCGGUAAGUUGAAAGAUGACAAUUAACGUAGCAAUGUAGAAACGCGAGUUUCAAAGGACAUCAAUAUUUCAAAACUCAUCUAAGGAUGCGUCCGAUUGAUCGUAUUCCGGAAUAGCGAUACUUAAAAAGUUUUGGUACAAACCUCUUCUACCGUAAUUUUUCGACCCCUUAAACGUUAUCUACAUUGGAACAUCUUAUUUCAGGGAGAUUUUUAGAUACUGCAAAGCAAUGAAUGCCAAAGAGUUUAUUCCAUUUAUUCAUAUUCCCGACACGGUCAAUCGAACAAGCCUUAACCCUUUAAGUCCCAAUAGUGACCAACAUCAAUUUUCUCCUAACGAUAUCCAUACAUUGUCAUGAGGAGGUUAUGAGAAUUAAUAAAAUGAUCACCUAAGGGAAAAUGCCUUGAUCUUUUAUCAAAUUCUCUCAACUUAUUCUUGAAGAAAAUGUAUAGAGAUCAGUUUGGAGAAUUUGUAUGUGGAUAUUGGGGCUUAAAGGGUUAAUAGUGGAGCUCCACGAGCACGAGCGCAGUCCCGUAGCUAAAAAAAUCGGUUAUAUAUCCAUCCAAGAAAUUUUGGUAACCAUGUGACCGUAUGUUUAACCGGCCGCCCGUCUGUCAAAGAUUGUACUGAGUUUUCCUUCUUUGGGGCAAUCAGAAUUGACCAANAGUGACUAAUGUCAAUUUUCUCCUAACAAUAUCCAUACAUUGUCAAGAGAUUAGGUUAUGAGAAUUAAUAAAAUGAUCACCUAAGGGAAAAUGCCUUGAUCUUUUAUCAAAUUCUCUCAACUUAUUCUUGAAGAAAAUGUAUAGAAAUCAGUUUGGAGAAUUUGUAUGUGGAUAUUGGGGCUUAAAGGGUUAAUAGUGGAGCUCCACGAGCACGAGCGCAGUCCUGUAGCUAAAAAAAUCGGUUAUAUAUCCAUCCAAGAAAUUUUGGUAACCAUGUGACCGUAUGUUUAACCGGCCGCCCGUCUGUCAAAGAUUGUACUGAGUUUUCCUUCUUUGGGGCAAUCAGAAUUGACCAACAAAAAGUUGUCCACAGAAGAUAAGAGGUUUAACGGUAGAACGUGAUAUCUUUCAUUGUAGUGCGUAAUUUUUGUAACUUUCCUUUCCGAAAUAGUGCGGAAUAUUUUAAAGAAGGUUAUUUUUUUUAAAAAAAAGUUCCCGUUAAGAGUGUCGUUCAUUAAAAUAGACUCUUGUGGCUGUCCCUGUAUACGUCUGUCUGCCCGUCCGUCUAUCUGCCUGCCUCUCUGUCUGUCUGUCUGUCUGUCUGUCUGUUAGUCAACCAGUCUGUCUGUCUGCCUGUCCGUCUGUCAGUCGGUCUGUGUCUCUGGACCAAGGAUUAACACAGUCAGUUAGUCCGGGAUGUUUGAUUGACAGGUGUGACAUCGAUCCUUGUUUUUGGCUUCUUUCCUUUCCGGCUUGGCCUCAGCUUAGUCAGUGUACUGUGUGCUAUUAGGUACCGAACUUUCACCACACCCUUGUUCGGAAACCGCAGUUGGUAACAUUGGUUAGACUCUAGAAGUAAGAGCUAGAACAACUGACUGACCAAAAUGUAUAUUACUUUUUUCCCUCAGCCAACGCCUCCUGAGCCACAGGUACUGAUUCAUCCACUGAAACCAAUUGAUGAGUCCGACUCAGGCUUCAAAAUGAUCCUUAGAUAUCAAGUGCCCGAGGCGGUGAAAUACUGGUCCAUAGCCCUUAAGUUCACCAAAGAUAUCAGCACUCGUAAUUUUGAUAUCGACAAGGUGAAAGUGGUUCCUCAGAAAGAACUGACCAGUGACAGCUUUUGUUUAGGACCACAACCUUACAACAGGAAACUGAAGGCAAAAUGUGUUCUGCGACUUGAGUUCAACUGUCAUAAGGCCAAACUGUAUGAAGCUGCGUCUAACGCGUUCUUUGUGUUUCAUCCCAAUUCAACCAAGUGCGAAGACUUUGAUCUACCAAAGCCUGGACCAGCAGUUCCAAAGGAGAGCGCAGUCGCAGAGAUCAUUCAGCAGUGGCCGCCGAACAACUUUAAAAUGAGGUUCAGUCUUCAGGUUAUCAAUUCUGUCCGUGGUGGCUGGAAAAUUGCUGUCAAAUUUUCCAAACCGGUGGCAGAAAUCUCCAACAUAAAUAAAGCAAGAUUUGCGAGCAGGUCCCAAGAUAGGCACACCUUCUACAUCGAGAAUGUCCCAGGCCAGAUUCAGAAUGCUAAUUUGAAACAAUGCGAAAGAAUCAACAUCGAGUUUGCUGGAAAACUGGUGUCCACACCUGCAAACAAGCCACUGUCCGCUUUUGUGUUGUUUGAACGAAAGGAGCCCGAAUACGCUGAGAUCAAUCCCCAAGGGGCUUGUCCCACAGUACCCCAGUUAGGGUGAAUUGAUAACCGAUCGUAUCUAAAUCUCAAACAAUAGUGCUUAGUAAAAAGGUAAACUUAAAAGG